UCACGUCCUUGAGGUGGGAGAGGAGCUCUUCGUAGAUAGUUAGGUUUUGUAGGGAAUUCGUGGUUUUUCCGGAGGAAGAAGCAGCUGUCAGAGCUGAUAGCGGUCAAGUCAUACUUUCGCAAUCAAGCGCAGUGGAAGGUAAGACCUCACCAAGCAAGAUGUCGUCAAUACCAAGCGCCCCUCCUCUGCCUGCGAGAGUAGAUCCUCCGGGUGUAAGUGGUGGUGGAGCUGUAAGCGGGCCGCUGGCGAGGGGACCAGAGGAUAGCGAGAGCGAAAGAAUCAAGCUACUGUUGGAUAAAUGUUACGACGAAGGUUUGUUCCCCGAAUCCGAGGUAAAUUUUGGGGAGACAGAGAUUGUGGACGGUGUGGGGGUUCUCACGCUUACGGACGAGGUUGACGCCGCUACUGUGAAUUGGUUGAAGGCAAGGACUGUUAUCGUUAUUUUUGAUGAACCGACCAUCAAUUUGAGUGUUAAUCAGCGUGAGAGACUGAUUAGGAUCUACGAGGACGCGUGGUAUACAGACCAGACGGUGAAUCCCUCUCAAAAGAGGGGAAGGACUCAUGGAGAGGGUCCUAAUGUGAUGGCGUACGUGGCGAGAUCGGAGCGGAUUGCGCAAUGGAUGAUUAUGAAGAGAGAAGACCGUAUCCCGGCCAGGAAUGGAACAGUCAAGGUCUUGUUUAAACCUUGGAUGACCAAGACCGAGCUGGACCAAAUGCGAGACGCAGACAGGGCCGGAAAAUUUCGUAUUAUUGCAUUAAGAGUUCCUCUCGAAGCACUCCCGUCGCUACGCUACGCAGUCGAGCGUCUUAUGGGGCAUAUCCUCGUCAUGCACCCUCCGGUGAAGUGGCCUGAAGAACCCAGAUUGGGUAAUAUAAGAAUUGAUUGUGUUCCUGAAGUCCGCCAGUCCUUCAUGGAAUGGGUUGUGGUGAAGAAGCCGAGGGGUGGUCACUUGGAGGUGCAGUUUGCGAACCAGGAUACUCCUUUCUGUAACAAAUGCCUUUGGUGGUUUCACAAUGAAUUCGACACUGAAUGUCCACGAUUCAACAAACCUAUGCCUGCAGACCGCGUUGGCAGAGGAAGAGGAGGAAAUAGAGGGGGAAGGGGGAGAGGAAGGGGGUCUAGAGCCCCAGGGAUAGGGAUCACCGAGCUAGAGAGCCUCGGGAAAGGAAUGGUUGUGGAGGGAGGUGGUCAGCGCAUACAAGGAGGCAGGGACAGGGGAGGAGGAGAAAACAGGGAACAGUUCACAGAGCAAGCUUAUGUUACAGUCCAUAUCAACUCGAAGUUUGAGCAUGACAGCAGGGGGGCAGACCUGAACGGCAUGGGAGACAGCCAGGCAAGGAUCCUCCCUCCACAAAUGGGACACAUGUCUGAAGGCCACACAGGUGGAGUAACACAGCUGGACCAGAUCAUGAGAGAUCCGGGGAACAUAACUUCUCACCUGGCUCCUGUUAAGACUCGUAGGGGCCACGAGGAUGCAACACAGGCACUCAAUGCCCGUGUACUGGACAUGGAACAGUUUGUACCAGGACCAGAUGCUGGUACGUCCAGCAGUGAACCCUCUAGCCGCCAACUGGAGGAACGCGUUGACCAUAUAGUGGCGAUGCUCGGCGACAUCAAUGCUUUCGCUGCACCUACCACCAUCAGCAGUCAGCUGCACACCUUGAAGACCGAGGUCCAGCAGCUGCAGUCAACGAACUCGGAGGGCAAUCCUAAGUUGUACAAGAUGCCAACCUUCCAACUCGAGAAGUUCGACGACUACACGCAUCAGGAUCCGGUCAUCUGGUGGGAAGCAUUCACGACGCAGCUUCGGAUCCUGCCAGUCGCCAAGCACGCAUACAUCGGUGYCCUUUUCCUUAACUCAAAGGGCGCAUGCCAGACUUGGUUGACCCAUCUAGCAGCCACUCACGGCGUCGACGUGGUAGAUCUUCGAGACAAGAUCACAUGGGAGGAGUUGACACGGUUGUGGAAGAAGAGGUUCAUCGUCGACGACGCGCCUGCCCUCGCCAUCAACCGCCUCUUCACCAUGACCCAAGGCAACACGGCAACACGAGACUGGCUCACGGAAUGGCAAAAGAUCGCGGCAACGCCGGAUCUGGACUUGCCGUUUACGCAUCUGCGUCGAGAGUUCUACAAUAGGUCAUGUGCUGCACUGAGCCAGGCACUUGGUGAUCGCGAGCAGUACUUAACCUUCGCUGAGAUCAUCGACAAAGCGAGGGAGAUCAUCAAGACUAAUAGGGCGGCUGCACACGAGAAAUCAGCAUGGCAGCCAACCUAUGUGGAGAAGGUAAAGACUGGUCCGCGGCAGCAGCAUUUCGCUGCAGUCCAAUCGGACAGUGGAGACGACCCGGCAGCCACCAAGGCAUCAAGUGAAGGAGAUCAGGUAGCCGAGAAGCACCAACAAGUCCCGGAACAAUGGGAAGGCGAAGACCGCAUCAUCGGCUGGAACAGGACAGCCAGCGCCAUGGGUCAAGUUUAACUUGACCGAGGCCGAAUACAAGUACCGUGGUCGGUACGGCUGCUGCUACUGGUGCAAUAGCACCAAGCAC